AUGACUAAAAGUGAACUAAAAUUUGCUCUUGAAAAUAGAAUAGUAGAUAAAUUUGUGAAAUUAAUAAAAGAAUUUAUUAAAGAUUAUACUGAUAAAACAAGACAAAUAGAUGAAACAGAUACUGAAGAUAAAAGUUCUAAAGAGAAUUUAAGAAAACAAAUUAAUGAAACAAAUA